GCAAUUAAGGCAUGAAUUCGUCAAAACCAUGUCCUAACGCCUUUUGUACGCAAUUAAUGACAAGGUAGAGUUUGCAGAUAACGAGAUAUCAGAUAACAGCGAAUUAAUGCAUUAUAGCACAAACAUGCAGUUUGGCUACGGUUAUCUAACUCCACUCCACUUCAACUUGCAAUAUGCAAUCUAGCUAAACACCACACCUUGCAUUCAUACAACCAAUCUAAUAAGUUUUUAAGUAAUGAGAAAAAUUUUGAAAGCAAAGCGUUGGCACAAUUGUUCUGGAAAACAAGACCCAUUACCCGCUAAAGUUUUACCCUCCAAGUCAUCACCUACGGCAACCGCUAUGACACAAACAUUCUACUCGGUGGCGGAGGCACUGCGAAAUUUAGCUGAUUCGAAGGACUCCAUGGACGUCACAUUUGUCGUGGGAGAGGAACGAAGGGAGGUUAAAGGGCAUAACCUCAUCCUCCGGUCGAGAUCAGUUGUACUUGAAACAAUGUUGGAAGACCGGUGGAAUUCUGAGAAGGAUAAAAAUAAGGCUGGGAUUAGAAUCGUGAUAAGCCUGCCCAUAGACCCGGAAAUAUUUGAAAAAUUCGUCAAGUUCAUCUACACGGAUGACGUGGAGGACUGCAUAGGAAGUUUGGACUUUGAAGACUUAUUGGACAUGAGCAAUCUGGCUGAAAUGUAUGGGUUCGAAAACCUUCGGGAGGCAACCACCCUUAAAAUCGCGCACGACCUGGUCGCAGAUUAUACGAAUUGUUAUGCAGCCUUUGUGCAAAAGUUGGAUCAGGAUUUAAGAAAUGUGGCUUGGGCGGUUCUUAAAAGAAAUAUUCUCAUUGCCUUGAAUUCGGACGAGUUAUUGACAAAAUGGACAGAAGAAAUUUGGAUCCAUAUUUUGAAAGAUGAAAGCCUGACUGUCGAUGAAAUCGAUCUUUUCGAAGCUUUAUACAGGUGGAAAGAACAUAAAGCAUUUCUUAGAAAUUCGGAAUUUCAAAAAUUAUUGGCACUAAUCCGAUUCCCGCUUAUGGACGUACAGACGCUCGAAUUUCAAGUUAGGUCAAAAUCUGUGUUAUCGGAUACUCAACUAUUAAACAUUACAAUGGCCAGUUUGGGAGUUAUGUCGAAAAAUAAUCCGUUCACAUUUCGUGGAGUGGAGAGAUGGCGAAAAGUGGUGUACGUUUCCUCCUCUGAUGAAUUACGAGCAAUACUGGAUCCUACUCCAAAAACAGUCGAGAAUUCUGCCAAGUUGAAUGAAAUCAUACUUCUACCGGGAGAUUAUCGUGGAAAUUUUAAUUUCAACAAUGCGAACUUGUCCCACUGCGAAGUAAAAGGGUUCGGACUUUACACAAUAUUUCAGGCUAGGCAAUGCCAGCUAACUUUCACGGCUGGGAUUAUUACCCUAACUAAUGUCAUCUUUAAAAGCCAAAUUACCCUGGUACACGUUAUGAGCCAUUUUAAUCGCCUACUCAAUUUCCGAGUUGCUAGAGAUACAUAUUUUGCUUUAUUGGUGAAAGGGGGCUCAAAUCGGUUUGAAAAUUUUGAAAUGCAAGUAAACCCGCACGGUGAGUCGGGACAAAAUUGUACAAAUUGCACAGUAAAACAGUGCGAAUUUGCUUCAGCUUGUCUGGAGAACUUUAAUUUAAACUUGAAAUCGUCACAAACCACGUGUAUUUUACGCAGUGAAGGAAGUGCCAACACCUUUUCUAGCUUCGAAUGUUCACCUCAACCGGAACAAAAAUCGAGGUCUAGUUAUUGCUUAGAAAUUGCUGGAAAAGAUAAUGUCAUUGAAAAUUUUAAUUUUGCAAAAAAAUUGAAGCUGGCUUCUGAUUGGCCAGAUUAUCACGGCCCAAGUCAUGUUAAACUUAGGACAGAUUGCACUGGGUUAAAAGUUGAACGAUCCGGUUUUAAAUCGACGGAGUGUAAAGGAGGUGACAUUCAAUUUAAAAAUUGUGCCCUUACUAAAGUUAAGGUGGAAGGAAAGGGUCAUAAAUUUGAGGAAUGUAAGUUAGGUCAAGUUGUGAAUGAAGGUGAAAAUGUAGAAAUAACUGACUGUAUUACGGUGCAAAAAUGGGUUAAAGUUAAAGAUCCCAGUAGCGGAACUAUAAAUUUGGGGCUGGUAGGCAAAGGUACGGCGGGGGCCCCUGUCCCUGACAGAUUUGAAAAUACUUCAGAAAUUAGGGACAUUUUGUGGUUUUAGGAAGGUAAUUUUGCGCCGUCUGUUUAAACGACAAAGGUUUACUUAAAAUUAUAUAUUAAUAAAACCACAACUUCAAAAACUGAGGGUAGAGCUGGCUGGUAGCACAGAGUUCAGUUUUUGCAGUAGUUUGAUUAAUGCUUUUUGAGCUAAAUAACUAAAUGAUAAUUUCAGAACAUGAAAAAUUAUUAAUUAAGAUUGGAUUUGCAAACCCUGUAGGAAAAUAAAUAGAAAAUUUGAUAGUUGAUAGUUGCAAUUCCCAUUCCCAUCUAAGAAAUCUUGGAAUGGAAAUUAUACCUAAUAUAGAUAUUUAACAGAAUUUCUUCAUAGAAAUUUAAUUUGUUACGAUUUUAUUAUGCCCCUUCUGCAACGCUUGUCCCUAGUUUCCCCAAUGUUUGGAAGGUAACAAAUUUAUAUAAUUUAGGGGAAUUUCGGGGCCCCAGCUCCGCGGGGGCCCCUAGGCAAUGCCUACCCUGCCUACCCCUAGUUCCGCUAGUAAAAGAUCCGUGAAUAUGAUGAAUAUUUGUGUUACAAUGAAUUUAAAAAUUUUUAUACGAAUAAAUAUGUUAUGCAGGUUCAUAGAUAAAAUGGUAAAUAAAGUGUUACAUGAAAUUGAUUUCUAUGGUUUUGGGUUUAUGUAUGUAAGUGGUGUAUAAAGUGUUUUACAAAUAUGCAAAUAAAUAAUUUACACGCUAAAGGUGUAAAUUUUUAACACAUUUUUAAAUAUGUAAAUGAUCCAUUCUUUUUAUUGAGGCUGAGGCUUUUAUGUAAUAC